AUGUCAGGGCUUAGGAAAGAAUUUGAAAUUGGAGGAAACAAACCAUCUGACUAUUUUCGAGCAUUUUUUGACAACGAACUAAUGCAGAAAAUUGUUGAAGGUACCAACAAUUAUCAACAGCAAACUGUCGCACCAAAUGUCGAAAAAAAUGCAGCUUGGUACCAUACGAAUGUGGAAGAAUUGAAUAUCUUUUUCGCCACUACAAUAUUGAUGGGAUUGAAUCAAAAGAAUUACAUAAAGGAUUAUUGGUCAACGGAUAAACUGAUUACAACACCAAUUUUCGGAGAACUUUUCACAAGGAAUAGGUAUCUUUCUAUUAUGCGAUAUCUCCAUUUUGCUGAUAAUAAUACAGAAGAAGAAGGCAAGCUCCGAAACAUCCAACCUAUCAUCGAGAAUUUGAGAAAGAAAUUCGAAAAAGCAGUAAUUCCAUGUGAGAAUUCGUGUAUUGAUGAGAGCUUGAUGCUAUGGAAAGGACGUCUCAGUUUCAAACAGUACAUCCCAUCGAAAAGACACCGUUUUUGCGUGAAGCUCUUCAUGUUGUGUGAUUGUGAUACGAAAUUCGUUCUGAACUUCAUCGUUUACAUUGGAGCAGAAACAGAACUCGACAAUCACCCCGAAGUUGGAAUAUCGGGCUCAGUAGUACGAACAUUGAUGAAAAAUUAUCUAAAGCAAAACCAUACUCAGCCAAAACGGCUAACGGUCAACCAAUAUGAUUGA